AUGUCGUGUGGAAACCCGUUGUAUUUGCAAUGGAUCCAGGAAUGGAUGGAGGAAUCCACACGGCGAUAUCCUAAAUCGUAUCAGACGUGGAGAAAGGCGUACGAGUCAAUGAAGAAUUGUCCCGUCACUUUUACAAGGCCUUCUGAAGCUUCUGUAUUGAAAGGAAUUGGACCUACGAUAUGUGCUAAGUUGGAAAAGAAAUGGACAGAAUACUGCAAGGAGAACGACAUUCCUCUUCCGGAGGAUAAUUCUGUGGAGCCGUCACAAGCAGCUGCCACUUCUAAUGAAAAUGAAAAUACUGCAAAGUCAAAAACACAGCGCAAGAAAAGACCAUACGUUCCGUCCUACAGGUCUGGUGCUUAUGCAAUUCUUUGUGCUUUAAGCAAGUUACAUGAACACGAAUCAGCGGCGAAACCCCAAAUAAUUGCCAUCGCUCAAUCGCACUGUGAAUCCUCCUUUGAAGUUGGUAGCCAUAGUAGCAACCGCUACACUGCUUGGAGUGCAAUGAAAACUCUGUUAACAAAAGGCUUGGUAUAUCAAAGUGGUCAUCCUCCAAAGUAUAGUCUCACGGAAGAGGGUGAUGAAGUGUGCAAGCGACUGGGUCGUGUCGAUGACGCUUUUGCUUCUUCCAGAUGGAGACAAAAGGAUGAGGACACACAUGACAGUGACGAGGAUGCGUUGGAAAAGGAGGACCAUGAAGCUACUGAUAUCGAUGAAGUUCAAGUGAAUGCUAUCGCUGAAGUACACAGAUCAAACUCUUCAAUAGAUUAUGAACCAAGACGCAUUAAUUUGAAUGAUUGCACUAUUCUUAUGCUUCUAGAUACCCGGGAAGUUCGCUCUCGAAAUGAUCGAGACUACAUCAUCGAUAAAUUAAGUACAGUUCACAAUGUUAAAUGUCAAGUGAGAGCCCUCGAACUUGGUGAUGUCUCGUGGAUUGCACGGCAUAAUGAUACGAAUGAGGAAUUUGUCCUAGAUUACAUCGUGGAACGAAAACGACUGGAUGACCUUGUGGCUUCCAUCAAGGAUGGUCGAUUUCAUGAGCAAAAGUUUCGACUAAAACGAAGCACCAUUCGAAAUGUAACAUAUUUAUUAGAGGAGUCUAAUUACGAUGAACAUUUUACCGACUCAAUAAAGACUGCUAUCACAAGCACAUUUGCUGACCAGCACUUUUUUGUGAAACGAGUCACCUCACUGGACAAUAGUAUCCAAUACCUGGCUCGAAUGUCACGGGCCAUCGAACUACACUACCGGAAAACAGAACAGUUACUUGUUGUUCCGGACUUAGCUGUUGAAGCAAGGAGUCUUGAAGACUUGCAUGAGCGUAUGCAAAUUCACACGCUAGGACAACGGCAUCACUUAUCCUACCAUUCGUUUGCUUCUGUUAUGUCGAAAACAUCUACUAUGACUGUUGGUGAUGUUUUUCUUCGUAUGUUGAUGACUAUUCGAGGCGUAAGCCCAGAGAAGGCGAUGCAAAUUCAACAGCUUUACCCUACAAUGAUUUCAUUGGUUGAAGCGUACGAGAGACUUAAAUCGCAUUCCGAACGCGAGGCACUAUUGUCCACGCAGUGCAAGUCAUUCGGUCGCCGAAGCAUAGGAUUUGCACUUUCACAAAAGAUUGCAAAGAUUUUCCACCCGGGCACGUUAAAUCAGUAUCACGAACAAACUUAA